CUUUGACCCGUAGCGGAUGAGGAAGCAAGAUGGCGCACGUUACAGGCGAUUGGAACCCGCUGGGGCAAGUUUUCUACAGGAAGCAGGAGAUCUACACGCUGGGCUGGCGGGACAUUGACCUGGACAAGUUUGUGGUGGCAGCGGCUCCAUACGGCGGUCCGGUCGCACUGAUCCGGGACGAGACGAAACUGGUGCGGGUCCAGGGGAGCAUCAGACCGGUCAUCUACAUCUACACUUCCUCUGGCAGGGAGAUAUCUUCCAUACGGUGGAACAGCGGUCAUGUGAUCCACCUGGGCUGGUCGUGUAGCGAGGAGCUACUGUGUGUGCAGGAGGAUGGCAGUGUGCUCGUGUACGACAUCUUCGGCCAGUUCAAACGCACCUUCAGCAUGGGCACCGAAGCGAAGGAGAUGAAGGUUCGAGACUGUCGGAUCUUUAACAGCCACCAGGGGACCGGUCUGGCCGUGAUGACCAGCUCUUAUCGCAUCUUCAUGGUCAAUAACGUGGACGAGCCGCGCAUCCGCAGGAUGGCCGACGUGCCAGGUCUGGACGCCCCUCCCAGCAGCUGGGUAGUGAUCUCCCAGGACAGACAGUCGCGAGUCCUGCUGGCUCGGGAGAACGACCUGUACCUGCUCGACCACGGCGGGCAGUACUCACGACAGUUGGCACCUGUGAGUCAGCAGGUGGAGGCUUACACAGAAAUGGCCGUGUCGUUCAACAACAAGUACCUGGCUCUGUUCACCAACACCGGGCUGCUGUGGAUCGGGUCAUCAGACCUCGAAAGAGCGUACUGCGAGUUCGACACAAAAUGUCCACAGAGACCCAAGCAGCUGGCAUGGUGUGGUACAGGUGCUAUAGUAGGUUACUGGGAGAACAUACUGUUGAUGGUAGGCCCAGGGAAGGACUAUGUGAAGUAUAAUGUGGACAGCACAGUGCAUCUUGUGCCAGAGUUGGACGGACUUCGAAUCCUCAGUAACUACAGCCACGAGUUUCUGCAUAAAGUUCCAAGUGUUGUGGAGUGUGUGUUUAAGAUUGGCUCCAUUGAGCCAGGUGCGAUGCUGUACGAAGCCUCGAGAGAGUUCCAGAACGGGAGUCCAAAGGCAGAUGAGUACAUCAGAAUGAUCCAGGACCGGCUGACAGUGGCAGUGGACCAGUGUAUCCAGGCAGCAGGCUGUGAGCAUGAACCUACCACACAGAGGAUGUUACUCAGGGCCGCGUCGUUUGGGAAGUGUUUCCUUAGCGACAUGAACCCAGAGCCGUUUGUGCGGAUGUGUCGGACGUUGCGAGUGCUCAACUCUGUACGGGACUUCACCAUCGGGAUACCGCUGUCCUGCGCUCAACUGGAGCAGCUGUCCAUGCCCGUACUGAUUGACAGACUGGUUCUGAGAAGACAGUACCCGCUGGCGAUCAGGGUCUGUCAGUACCUCAAGAUGCCGGAGGCUGAGGGGGUGAGCCGCAUCCUGGCUCACUGGGCAUGUUAUAAGGUUCAGCAGACCCACGUUGACGAUGAGUUGAUCGCUCGCUCCAUAAACGAGAAACUUCGCGACACGCCGGGAAUAUCGUACUCCGAGAUCGCCGCGAAGGCUGCGGAGUGCGGCAGGACUGAGCUCGCCAUCAGGCUGCUGGAAUACGAGCCCAAGUCUGCUGAGCAGGUCCCACUGCUGAUGAAGAUGGGAAGAGACCAGCUGGCUCUGGCCAAGGCAGUGGACAGUGGAGACACAGAUCUGGUCUACACUGUCGUGAUGCACCUCAAGGAGAAGUUGACCUUGGGAGAUUUCCUCAUGACCAUCCGGAACCUUCCCACGGCUCAGAGCCUCUACCUGCAGUACUGCAAGGAGCAGAACAGAGAGAUGCUGCAGGACCUGUACUAUCAGGAGGACAACUUCCAGGAGUCGGCAAACUGCCGGGUCAUGGACAGCUACAACGAAACGAGGAUGGACGAGCGGCUGCGAAACUUACAGCAGGCCCAGGAGGCCUACACCAAGGCUAGGAAUGAGUUCGCUGCAAAGGUAACAGAGGAACAGGUGAGGCUGCUGAAGUACCAGAUGCGGCUGGAGGAGGAGCUGAAGAGACCGUACCUGGACCUGUCCUUACACGACACCAUCUCACAGCUGACCACCGAGGGCAACCACAAGCUCGCCGAGCAGCUGCGCAAGGAGUUCAAGGUGCCGGAUAAAAGGUUCUGGUGGUUGAAGAUCCAGGCUCUAGCAGAGGGCAGUGAUUGGGCGGAGCUGGACCGUUUCGCCAAGAGCAAGAAAUCCCCCAUCGGCUACGAGCCGUUCAUUGACGUUUGUCUGAAGCACCAGAACAGAUACGAGGCUAACAAAUACGUCGGGCGCAUCGCAGACACAGGCAAGGUCAAGGCCUACAUCAAGAUCGGUAACCUGGAGCAGGCUGCAGAAACAGCGCUACAGCAGCGUAACGAAGAAGACCUGAACUUGGUGCUGAGUAAGUGCACCUCGUCUCAUCGAGUCCUCGCCGAGAAAAUCAACACCAUGAAGGCUCAGCUCUCCAGCAAGAAGUAGUAGAGUAAAUAAAUUAUGGGCCAAGUGACGGAAAUUUUAUCCACUAUGUCCGUAAUGACGAGCGUGAUUUUCUUCAGCUCUCCAGCAGGAAAUGAAGUUAAACGUCUUUCAGAGAUGAGUAUUACGGCCCAUUCCAGUAGCGUGCAUGUCGGGAGAGCGACAACAGUCGGGAUUCGAACCCCCAACCUCUUGCUCCAGAGGCAGGACCACUAACCACUGGACUACACAUUAUUGGUCUUCAUUCAGAAAUUAUGAAUACUGAAUACUGUUUAUUCACAUUGAUUGGCAGUCAGUGUUGCCAGAAUUGUGUUACAUAUUAAAAACUUGAAAGAAAUACACAUUACAAAGUACGGCAAUGACGAUUAAAUUAAACAGGUUUCAGAUUUUCGUGGGUCGGUCCAUUUAAAAACAGGUGGAUUAUUUACCAAUCUUGAUUACUGAGGCUUACUGCCUGAGGCUUAUUUUCUUAGUCUUGUAGUAUUAUUUGUUAGCUAUAUUAUAUGAUCAUUAUAUGAUUACAAAGAAAGCCAGAGUAUAACACGAAGUGCGAUUCUUGUGAAGCUUUCUUUAAUCAGACUUUAUUCUAAGUAAAUUCAGCAUUCCAUGGAAAUUCCGGUAUUCCGGAUGUGACUGUGAGAUAGUCAGAACACACGGAAUGCACCAGCAGGAAUUUUCACAAUCAUGUUUGUUGAACACAUGCAGUCGGCUAUUUACACAUUUUCUCAUAUAUAAUACGAUUCAAAUUAUGUAUAAUACAAGAUUUAUGUUCAAUAAAGAUGAUAUAGACAAUAUCACAGACCAACAUGAAAUAAACGUAUGAAAAAAA